AUGGCGACCCUUGGCGAUGAACUGCUUCGAAUCGUCAACCAGCUCCGAGGACCUUGUCUUUGCUCCGAUUCGCUUGACCUGCCCCAGCUCGUCGUUGUAGGUUCACAGUCGGCUGGAAAGAGCAGUGUUUUGGAGAAUAUCGUCGGCCGUGACUUCCUCCCGCGAGGAUCGGGCAUAGUAACGAGGAGACCGUUGGUCUUGCAGCUCAUCAAUGUCGAGGAGGACACGUCCGAACCAGACCCGCAUGCCGCCUACAGAAACCCGACUCAGGCACGCCGAUCAGAAUGGGCCGAAUUCCACCAUAUCCCGAGUCGAAAAUUCACUGACUUCGGAGACGUCAAACGCGAAAUCGAGAGCGAGACCUCUCGCGUUGCUGGUAGCAAUAAGGGCAUCAAUAGGCAGCCCAUCAACCUCAAGAUCUACUCUCCACAUGUCCUCAACCUAACGCUGGUCGAUUUGCCAGGGCUAACCAAGGUUCCUAUUGGCGACCAGCCAGCAGACAUCGAGAAGCAGACACGAACCCUCAUUUCCGAGUAUAUUGCGAAGCCAAACAGCAUCAUCCUAGCCGUGUCCCCUGCUAAUGUCGAUAUCGUUAACUCGGAAGCCCUGAAACUUGCUCGUCAUGUGGAUCCUCUAGGUCGGAGAACUAUUGGUAUCCUUACCAAAGUUGACCUGAUGGAUCAUGGCACGAAUGCGCUCGAUAUUCUCUCUGGUCGUGUUUACCCCCUGAAGCUAGGCUUUAUCGGAGUGGUCAACCGGUCACAGCAAGAUAUUCAGGGCAACCGGCCCAUGGAGGAAGCUCUCCAGGCCGAGGCUGAAUUCUUCCGGCAUCAUCCCGCGUACCGGAAUAUUGCGACGCGUUGUGGAACACAAUUCCUGGCCAAAACCCUCAACCAAACUCUCAUGGUGCAUAUCCGGGAGCGAUUGCCGGAUAUCAAGGCCCGCCUGAACACGUUGAUGGGACAGACGCAACAGGAACUGGCUAGCUAUGGCGACAUGCACUUCAGUGGGAAAGAGCAUCGUGGAUCGAUGAUAUUACAGUUAAUGACCCGGUUUGCCACAUCCUUCAUCUCUUCCAUCGAUGGUACCUCAACCGAGAUAUCGACCAAGGAAUUGUCGGGAGGUGCGCGAAUCUACUACAUCUUCAACUCGGUCUUUGGCAGUGCCUUGGAGUCCAUCGACCCCACUUCCAACCUUUCUGCACUUGACAUCAGAACCGCCAUACGCAAUUCCACCGGCCCUCGUCCCAGUCUCUUCGUGCCGGAAAUGGCCUUCGAUCUGCUCGUUAAACCGCAGAUCAAGCUGCUGGAGCUCCCCAGUCAACGCUGUGUGGAACUGGUGUAUGAAGAGCUCAUCAAGAUAUGCCACACCUGUGGAUCGACUGAGCUCUCACGCUUCCCUCGCCUGCAGGCCAAGCUCAUCGAAGUUGUCUCCGAUCUCCUCAGGGAGCGACUUGGUCCAGCGUCGUCAUAUGUCGAGUCGCUUAUCUCGAUCCAACGCGCCUAUAUCAACACAAACCAUCCUAACUUUCUGGGGGCAGCCGCCGCCAUGAGCCACGUGGUCGGCGCUAAGCAGGAACGAGAACGUAAGAGACUGGUCCAGGAGGAGCGGGAUAGGCGUGAGAAGAAGCGACUAAAAGAACUCGGCGCGAACGGGACCGAGACACCCGAGGAUGAAGAAGAUGCGGCGCAUGAGAGGGGGGAAGUCUCGUACUCUCGGAAACCAGCUGUCAAGGGCUCUCGAAGUGGGUCACCAGCCGUCCGAGAGAAUGGGACGGGAAGUAUUGUCGCAGCUAUGAAUGGCGGACGAUCGAACUCGCCGGGUCGGUUCAAUUCUCAAGCGAGUGGAACGGCCCGCGAGUCGUUUUUGACCUAUUUCUUCGGCAAAGACGGCCAAUCGCAGCCGCCAGGAGGAGCUGGCGCCCCUUCUUCGCUACCACGCCAUGUUAGCCAGGGCGCGGAGCCCACCUUCAGUCAGAGCGUUCGGCGAGGCGAAGACAAGCUAGCCCAUAGACCAGCACGGUCAUCCUCCGUGAUACGUGAGGAGGAGAGCCCACAGGCUGCCCCCUUCGGUUUCGGCUCGUCAUUUGGCGAAAAUGUGGAACCGGCUCUGACAGACCGCGAGGCCAUGGAGACAGAGCUGAUCCGAGCCCUCAUAUCUUCGUAUUUCAACAUUGUUCGCGAGUCCAUCGCGGAUCAGAUUCCCAAGGCAGUCAUGCAUCUUCUUGUCAACCAUUGCAAGGACGUGGUUCAAAACCGGCUUGUCAGCGAACUCUACAAGGAGGCACUGUUCGAGGAACUCCUAUACGAAGACGACAACGUCAAGAGGGAGCGCGAGAAAUGUGAAAAGCUGCUUCAGACCUACAGGGAAGCAGCCAAGAUCAUUGGGGAAGUGUUGUAA